AACACACGUAAGCACAAUAGUGGCUAGAUUUAUGGUGUGCAGAGAGGCUAAGAAAUUGUUGGUGUGCUAAAAUAAAGCAGUAAAGAUUCCUUUCAUGUCAGGAUCAAGCUCCCAUUCAACAGAGAGUAUUGUGUAACAUCACACGAGCCACGCUGCAUAACAGGAGUCCGAUACCAUGUACAAAAUGUCUGGAUUUGGACAUUUUAUCCUGUGCUACUAUAUUCUAGGAUAUAUUUGGUGCAGCUCCAGUGCUUGGGAGGUAAAAAUGCCGAGGAAUAUAAAAGGAUUGUUGGGUUCCUGUCUUGUUAUCCCUUGCAGUUAUGAUUACUAUCAGUAUCCACCUAAAAGACCAGAUCGUGUAGUGUGGUAUCAAUAUGUGAGCAGAGGAUAUCCAAUAGUAUCUGACAACUGGAACAGGAAUGAUGUGCUGGACAUAUUUAAAGGAAGAACAAGUGUAUAUACUUCUUCACACCAUCGGACAUGCAGUCUGUUGAUUAAACGAGUGACCUUGGCUGAUCACAGUCAGAAGCUUUAUCCCUGGGUGGAUCCUGAAAAUGUUGGAUGGAGAACCUACCCUUUCUAUGACACAGCUGUAACAGUUGAAGUAGUAGGCACAGCAGAUCCACCGGUUAUUGAGAUCUUUGGAAACAAGGUGGUUGGGCAGUCUGUAACAGUGCAAUGCAGUGUUUACCACACUUGUCCCACUUAUCCCCCAAGUCUGAGGCUCAACAUCCCACUGCGAAACGAACGUCUAACUCAUAGUCCUCUAUCUGAUGGAAGAUCCAAAACUAUGGUGACAACCACUCUGUUCAUAGAGAAAGAAUAUCAAACUGUGGAGUGCUAUGUCCAACACCGUGGUGGUCGCUCUGCAUCAGCAUCUAAAACCUUAACCUCACAAUGCUCCAUUUCAGGGCUGACUGUCAGCUCUGCAUCAUAUGAAUUUCUGGAGGGAGAUCAAAGUACAGUAACCUGCGCUGUUUCAUACACAUGCUAUCGAAAUAUUCCAACUCUGACAUGGAAUUAUGGUAAUAUGCCAGCCUCUUCUGAUACUAGCAAGUUAUCAGGGGGGGCUCAGUGGAGGACUGUCUCCACACUGACAUUUACAGCAUCAGCUAAUGACAAUGGAAGAUCGCUGAUAUGCUAUGCACGCUUCCCUGGAGGUCAGACAAAAGAAGCAAGCGUCACUCUACGGGUAAAGCGAAACAUACUGAAUCUGGGUUGGUCCUUCACUGCUCCAGCCACCAUAACUGGGUUGAAAGGGCGCUAUCAUCCUAAUAACCUUAUUGUGCCUUUUUAG